ACUGCCGGUUGGCCAAACAGAUCAUUGUAGAGUCAUGUGCAAGUUCAUGUGCGGUUGUCAUUUGUAGGAAGUGAAACUCGUCGAAUUAUCAAUAUUUCUUCCUUCUUCCUGUUUGUCAAGAAGCCUCUAAAUGCCUGGAGAGGUCGUUGAGGACGAGGCUUUCGUCAGCCUGGUCACCAACAACAGUUACUCUAAUGGCGCGCUUGUUCUGGGCUACUCCCUUCGACGUGUCAACACCACGAGAAAGUUGGUUCUUCUCGUGGCAAAAGAGGUUCUGGAACCAACCAGAGAAUGACUUGCUCGAGUAUGGGAUCACUUGGAAAUCGUGGAUUUACUUGAUAGCGGUGAUACCACAAAUUUGGCACUUUUAACAAGACCUGAGCUUGGUAUAACAUUCACAAAAAUCCACUGCUGGAAUUUGACCCAGUAUAGAAAAUGUGUUUUCCUAGAUGCUGAUACUCUAGUCAUUCAGAACUGUGAUGAACUCUUUGAGAGAGAUGAGCUCUCUGCAGUGCCUGACAUUGGUUGGCCUGACUGUUUUAAUUCUGGUGUAUUUGUGUUUGAGCCAUCCAGAGCAACCUAUGAAGCUCUCUUGGAAUAUGCUGUACAGAAUGGUAGUUUUGAUGGUGGAGAUCAAGGCCUUCUAAAUUCAUUCUUCAGUAACUGGAGAACAGCAGACAUAUCCCGGCACCUGUCAUUCAUCUACAACAUGAAUUCAAAUGCCAGUUAUACUUAUGCGCCAGCUUUUCAACAGUUUGGAAGAGAUGUGAAAAUAGUUCAUUUCAUCGGUCCCCUUAAGCCUUGGCAUUACACAUACAACACUGAAACUGGUAGAGUAUACACACCAUCAGGAAGCCAAGGCUACAUUCCUCACGAGCGAACCUUCCUACAACUGUGGUGGGAUAUCUAUGUCACAUUUGUACGGCCUGAAAUGAGGCAAUGCCAUGGUGACCGAGGUGACGACUCUUCACCCAGUGAUCAUUUCCAGCCUGCACCUUAUUUCCCUCCUGAGCAGCAUUUUGAACAUGCACCUUACAUACCCCCUCCUCAACAGUUUCACCACCCAUCUCCACCACCACCCCCACAGUAUGAACCACCAUGUCACCCUCCACCUCAAUACCAUGAACACCACCACCACCACCACCACCACCAUCCUCCCCAACAACAUCAUGAACACCAUCACCAUCACCCUCCCCCUCAACACCAUGAACACCAUUACCAUCACCAUCAACCUCCCCCACAACAUCAUGAACACCACCAUCACCCACCCCCACAACAUCAUGAGCCACAGCAUCACCACCCACCCCCACAGCACCAUGAACCACAGCACCACCAUCCGCCACCUGAGCACUAUGAACCCCCACCCCCACCCCCACCUCACAGCUGGCCAGUGGAGACAUCACAAGUUUACUCUGACCAUCAAGAGGCUCCAGAUUUUAAAAAUGAAUCAGAUGUCGAGGGAAUAGACGUUGGGAUAGCUGAUAUGUACAUUGAUGAUCCCAUUGUAGAAAUAACCCCAGCGCUUCAAGAUCUUGCACAUCAGCAAGCCUGGGAAAAUGGCGAGAUAGAUUACAGAGGCAGAGACAAGUUUGAAAACAUCCAAAAAAGAAUUGAGGAGUUUAUUGGGGUGUUAAGGGAUCCUACAGAUAUGCCCACUUUCUUGGUGUUUUAAACAAUGUUAUUGUCAUUGAAUGAGCUGUUAUAUUCCAACAGAAAUAAUGCCCUUUGGAUUUCAAGGAGCUUGUAAACAAAAUAAUUAUGAAUUUAAUGAGACAAGUGAAAGGGUAUAAACAGGCUCCUGCAUAUGCAAAUUAUGAUUUUUAGAAUUCAGCUGUGAGAGAGCAAGGGAGAGGAAGAGAAAGGAGAAGCCAUAUUGAUGAUUAUUUAGUCCAAAAGAAUAGAACGGAUUUCAAUUAUUGAAUGUCGUAAAACCAAAACCACACUAAUUACUUACCAAUUAGACUACUCGGCCAGUUUUAAACUGUAGUAAAACCAAAAUAAAAUACCAAAGUAACUGCCUGAUUACUUUCGAUCACUCAAUUGAAAACAGGUCUGAUGGAAACUAUGAUCAAUUGACGUGCCUUGACUUUUCCUCUAACUUCACACGCCCUAAAGAAUACUGGUCAGAAGUACUUUUGACCUUCAAAAUACAAAACUUAACAUGUGCUAACCACCUGCCCCUUUCCCCACACACUAAAAUAGAAAUGCUUGGUAGGUUUUCUUUCAGUGUCUCCCAAUUCUCUCCUUUCUCUCUUCCCUCCAGACAUCUUUCCAGUUGUGUAUCAAGCAUUUGUCCGAGAAAGUACUACAUUGUAAUGAUAUGUUGUUGUAAAUGCAGCAUCUGUUUUGCUGCUCACUAUUUUUGUGACCAAUUUUCAGCAAUUAUCUCUUGGUUUUUCAAGCCUCUCAACCAAACAUUAGUUAUACAAACUAUUAUGUGCUACCCACUUAAGAUAAAGUUUGAUUGAUUGAUUGAUUGAUUGAAACAACUGACUGUGCAGUUUUUCUUUUAUUUUUAUUAUCUUUUUAGAGGCUUUGAUAUGUCUUCAAAAUUUGAAUUGCUGUAAGUUGUGUAUUUUGUGGUGCAUAUUCUGUGUCACUAUGUGAUCAUCUUCAUGUAGCAAUUUAGAAACAUAUUAAUUGAAAAUUGGUCACACUAUUUAAUAGUCUGUAGAUUUUUUAUAGUGUCCUAGUGACAUUGAAGAGUUGCCAUUCAUGGCUUAUGCUCAAGUGAGAGCAGUAGUACUAUAAAGUUGAGUGGAACUUGAUUUCGCAGACCUCGGAAGGAAACAAGAAUUGGUGUGAGGAAUUGGGAGUUUGAGAUCUUGGAGGCAAAUAUACUGUGAAACUAAUCCAAGAUGUUUGGGUUGAGUUAUCAAAGGGUUCAAGAAAUUGAGAGUGUGAGAAAUUGGUAUUCUACUGUAGUUAUGUAACAAUUAUGUGACUAUGUUCAAAGUGCUUGCAAUUAGCUGUGUUGCCAGGUUAGUUCAUUACAGUAAGCGUUGCAAGCUCUUGGACUGAUUCUUAACAUAGAUGUAUAGUGGUAGCUCUAAGGCCAGCUAGGACGGUACAACUUUGCUGCAUGUGACAAGCAGGCAUUAAGGGAACAAUGCCAUGAUAUUUUAAGCCAUUUUUGAUUACUUUUAAAUUGAGGGAAAUCUCAAAAUAAUAAUUUCCCAAGGUAGAAUAAUACUAAAACUGUCAUAAAAAAAAGAAAAAAAAAAUUACAUAUUUUUGUUUUUCUAUUAAACAAUGUGAUGGUUACAACUGAUAAAGACUUUAAUUAAACUGAUUAAAAAAUCCUUGAAAAAACAACUGGCCAAUUUUUUUUUGAGAAAUCUGGCUGAGGACGUAGGUCCUAUAAGUCUACUGAUGAUCAUUCUUUUAAAUCAAACCUGUAACUUGCUUUCGAUUGCCAUGUAUGACAUGAAAAGUUAUACAAUAUUUGAAACAUGUUUCAAAAUGUUGAAACGGUAGCCACAGAUAUUACAUAAUGAAAGUUGGAUGCCAUUUUUAAUGAUGCAAACAGCACGGAGACUGUUGAAAAGUCAUGUGUUACAAAGUUUUACCGUCUAAUAAGUGGUGCCUAGUAUUGUAAGAUGUAACAAUUUUAAAGUAAUUGAUAAUUUAUCGUGAUAGUGUUAAGUGUGAAUGCCAUCAUUUAUUUUGUCACAACUGAUGGCAAUAGUUAUUUAAGUCCAAGUCCACUAAGUAAGAGUGUACUAUUAAUAAUAUUACAAUGGGAAUAAAGUUUAAAACAGUUGGCAAAAUGCUGAUAUAUUUCUAUUCCUGUUCAUGGGUUUACAUCAGCUAUAUGUAAACACAAAUUUUUAAAAAGUGAACGUGGAUGUUAGUUUACCUUUUCAAGUUCUUUCAGUUAGUGAAACUUUAAUUGAACUUCCUUGAGAGUUCCAUGUAGUUAUAUUAAGUGUAAAGUGAUGAUUUUUAUUUCUUCUUUGAAAACUUUCGUUGCCUUAUAUUAGAAUAAAAUAGCCAUCCCAACAGACUGACAUUACUGGGAUUUUUAGUGGUUUUUAUUUCUCAAAGGAUGAAUAUUAUUUUGAUAAUUAAGGUAGAGGUUGGAUAAUAAAGUAAGAAGUUUAGUAUU